AUGGGCUUCCUCGAUAGCAUUAGCAUCCCCACCAGGUGGCUUUGCCUGGCCGUGGUCUACCACGCUGUGUUCAUCCCCGACGUGGCCCUCAUCUUCCGCUUCACCGCGACGACUCUGUCGGACGCCGCAGCCUCGCAUUUCCUUAUCGUUUCCACCGUCUUGGCCGUCUUCGAGUCUACCCUCCUGCAGCUCCUACACAUCCUGGCGCACCCAGUCACCAUUUCGGAGCACUUCCUGUACAGGAAGCAGCUGCUGAUCGGCCUUCUCGCCGUCACGUCCGUCCUCAACGCCGCCUUCCUCGUCCUGCUGCUCCUUACCCAGCGCGACGAUGGCCUUUACUCGGACCUAAUCAAGUUGAUAUGCACGUAUACUUCUCCUUUCUACCCUGUCAACCACCCCUCUCCACCGGCACUCGUCAAGGCACCUAUGCUUCUCCUUUCUGCCCUGUCAAACACCCCUCUCCACCAGAGAACUGACAAUGCGCAACAGGAUGUCACCAGGAUCUGGGACUUCGUCCACAGCACGGGUAAAAUCCUCCCCCGCACCGCCCUCUACCUCACCAUGCUGACACAGCUUGGCCUCUUCGCAACUGGCACCUUCCUCCUCCGCCGCCACGGCCUCCAGGUCGUCUGGUGGACUGCCGCCCUGCUCCUGUGGACGGAGUUUGUCUUCUACCUCUGGGUCAGGACAAGACUCCUCAGCGUCACAAAGAGGUAUUGUGUGGAAAUGACCAACAGGGGGGGGGGGCGGCGAAAGGAGAGGUGGAUGGUGUCAGCGCCAACGUGGCUGACGCUCCUCGCCGCGCUAGCGUCGACGGGAGUGGCGUCUGCGGGCGUCUUGUUCGACUGGCGGUGGUUCUUCUUCCUCGCGCAGUUCGCGUUCCUCAAGGCCGCAUUGAUGUGGGCCAUUGCGUUCCCGCUCCUGUCGCACAGCCUUCAUGAGGAGUGGGACAGGGCGGAUGAGCGAGUGGGACGAAGCAGAAGAGUAGGCGUGUCGAUCGAGUCUGUGGCGACUCGGGGGGCUCACGCCUCGGUCAUCAUGGUCCUGCCUCGCGCCAAGGUCAGCAGCACCAAAGCGACCACGACGGACAGCUCGGUCGACGGAAUAUACGUGUCGCGAGAGGACCGCAACCGCGACGAUAAUUACACGAUGACCAAUUACGCAGUAGCGUCCUGCAGCAGUAAUUACUUCGUGAAGGAUUCCACGGACCUGACUGUACAUGUCGUCGAUUAG